AUGAGGAGAGGAGUUAAUACAACCGAUGUUCUGGAGACUAUAAACGCCGCUGCUACUGCGAUCUCAUUGAAUGAAAAUCGCUUUCCUCAAUCUUCGAUUCAGAAAAGAAGGUGGGGAAGUUGCUGGAGCCUUUAUUGGUGUUUCGGAUCUCACAAAAAUAACAAGCGAAUUGGACAUGCCAUUCUUGUUCCCCAAACUCCAGACACAGGAGUAGAUGCUCUCCGAGAUGAAAAUCCAACUCAACCAACUUCAAUUGUAAUUCCUUUCAUUGCACCUCCUUCCUCCCCUGCGUCUUUCUUUCCAUCAGAACCUCCUUCGGCAACUCAAUCGCCAACUCGCCUACCAUCGCACACAUCUAUAUCUGCAAGCAUGUAUUCCCCCAGUGGGCCUGCAUCAAUUUUUGCUAUUGGUCCUUACGCAUAUGAAACCCAAUUAGUCUCUCCACCGGUCUUCUCAACCAUCACUACAGAACCAUCAACUGCUCCAUUUACUCCUCCUGGAGAAUAUGUCCACCUUACUACACCUUCAUCUCCCGAGGUGCCAUUUGCUCGUCUUCUUGAACCCAACCUCCAAAAUCGUGAAGCUGGUGAGAGAUACCCUAUAUUUCAUUAUGAAUUUCAGUCUUAUCAACUUCAACCUGGAAGUCCAGUGAGCCAUUUGAUCUCACCUAGUUCAGGCAACUCAUCGCCUUUUCUCGACCGCGAGUUUGCUCAGGGGCACCCCUUUUUCCUCGAGUUUGGAACUGGCGACCCUUCCAAGCUUUUUAACUUGGACAAGCUGGUGCUUCACGAAGGGGAAUCACACCAGGGAUCUGGUACGUUGACUCCGGAUGCUGUGGCACCUAGAUCUCAUGGUAGUUUCCUUUUAAAUCGUCAGGAUUCGGAUGUCGGUCCACUUCCAGAUAUAUGUAAAGGAUUGCGAAAUGAUGAGACUGUGGUCAAUCAUAGAGUUUCUUUUGAGAUAAUCUCAGAAGAAGUUAUAAGAUGCGUGGAAAAGAAGACAGCAGCUUUGCCCGAAGCCGUGGUGGAACCUGUGGAAAAUGUGGAAGUUACGGGAGAGAAAAACCCUAUUGAAAUUCUACACGAGUCCUGUACUGGGGAAAUCUCCAACACCACAUCCGUGAAAUCUCGUACAGAUGGUGAUGAUGAACAACAGCGGCAUCAAAAACGUCGAACUAUCACUCUUGGGUCUACCAAAGAAUUCAACUUUGACAAUAUCGAUAGUGGAAAUUCCAUUGAGCAUAAAAUUGGCUCCGAUUGGUGGGCAAAUGAGAAGAUACUUGGAGAAGAGGGAGGACCGUGUGACAACUGGUCUUUCCCGGUUGUACAGACAGGUGCUAUCUAA